GUAACGUACCGAAACAAACCAAACCAAAGGAAGGAGCACACCUCCACCUCCUCUCCGCCUCCACCACUUGCCCAGCUCGUCGUUCCCCACGCCCCGCGUCCCUCCACCCACCCGGGCCAACCGAAGCUCGAAGCAAGCAGAGGAAAUUCCAUGGCCUCCUUCCUCGCAUGAGCUUCGACCCGACCGCCUCACAGCCAAUGAUCACCAAGCCUACAGCAAAGGAUUCGAACACAGAGAGGCUCCCCGCGUCGCUCUCCCAGGCGACAUGGGGUGCGACGCCAGCCGCAGCCCGCCCCCCACCUCAGGCCGCCUCCGGUGGCCGCCGCCGCUGCCGGCGACCGUCCGGGCGGCGACGGCGGCCCGCGGCUAAGCCGAAGUCGGCUCAGCUCGCACUCCCUCACCCUCUCCUUCCUCUUCCCCGCGUCUUCCUCCGCCCGGACUUCGGACCUCGCCGUUCCUUCGCCGUCGCCGGCCUCUGGGGCCGGAUCCGGCCUUCCUUUCGGCGGAUCCAUGGCUCCCCCGGCUGGAUCUAUCGCCCCCGCCGGUCGUGGUGCUUGCGCCCUCCCGGGCGCUUGUGGCUGCCGUGGCGCCCCCCCUCCCCCUCCCUGGGUGCCGGCGGAGCUCGCCCGCCCCGGUGGCUCCGGUUGCCGGGGGCCGUGGCUCCGCUCGCCCUGGGGCUCUUGUGGCUUCGCCGCCGCCGCCGCCUCUUCUGGUGGCGGUGGGCCCGUGGCUGCCGGAUCCGGCGCUCCCAGGUCCGGAUCUGCCGGUUCCCCUUGCCGCCGUUCCUCGGGCGUGCCGGGGCCUGUGGGUGCGCCGGAUCUGUGGCCGGGGGCGCCUUCGUGCCCCGGGUGGCGGGGGGCGGGGGGCUCUGCCACGCCGCCGCCCUGCGGCUAUCGCUGCCACCGCCCUCCUGGCGCUUGGGUGGCCGGGGGCCUGUGUCCCCGUCGCCGCCCCACUGGUGGUUAGUGGACCGGGGUCGUUCUGCGGCUUGCGCCGCCCUUGUGGAGCCUGGAUGCCGGCUCGGCAUGGCAUGGAGGUUCUUGCUCCUGGUGAAAACCAUGUUCGUGCUGUCCCUGUUGGGGGCGUCGCCAUGGACACCUCCUAUGCCUCCUCUGCUGGUCUUCGCAUCUCGGCUGCCGUCCUCGGGUCUGCCUUGGGCUACGGUCGCGGCGAUCCGCCCUGGCAUUGAGAUUGGUUCCCUGGUGAAAACCAUGUCCGGUGCUCGGACUGACGCCGUUGGCGUCCAGCGCGUCAUGGUCCCUGUUGAGGGCGUCGUCUUGGGACUUCUUCACGCUCAGGGUGGUCGGCAUUUGGAUGUUACCUACCGUGCUCCAUUGAUGCUUCAUCACCUUGGUCUGCUUACGCUGCAGCUACCUUGACGGAUGCUUUGCCGUCGUUGUGAUGGCGGAUGCUUUGCCGCCCUUAUUUCGCUCGGUCCGGCGGAUACUUUGCCGCCCUUGUUACUCCUACUCUGGCGGAUGCUUUGCCGCCGUGUUUGCGCUGUUGAUUGGUCGUCUCUGGCGGAUGCUUCGCCACUGUGAAGCUGCUUAUUCUGGUGGAUGCUUGGCCACCCAUUGGUUGUUUUCGUGGUCAGUUGGCGGCCUCGGUGAUGUUGUUCUUCAUGUAGGUUCAUCUGUGUUAGGUUGUUUCGUGGGUCUUGGCGGGUUGGUGAGGUCUUCUGCUCUGUGGUCGUCGUUCUGCUAGUGAUGUGGCUGUUUGUUUUCGUUGGCCUCUUUUCAAUUUUUUCUCUGUUGUUACUCCUUUGUGUGCUUGUGCCGGUCAACUCCUGUUUGGCUAGCAUCAAGUUGUGUUUGUAAUCUGCUUCCCUCUUAAUGAAAUACGUAUUAAGGCACGUUCGCGAAAAAAAA